AUGCUCAAAGAGGACGGCUUGGUGAAUGCCCAGCUUGGCCGCUACGGAAGCACCACCCGCGUGAAGGUGGUUGACAAGGAUGCCUUCCCCUCCAAUGAGUUCUCGGACAUUGCCCACUUCGAAGAAGAGCCGCCGUUUGAGGCCAUGACACAUCACUCGCUCGUGCGAGCGGUCAGGGACUUCUGCUGGCUGAACUUCACCAGCAACGAGAAAGUCAGGUGGGGCACCAUCAAGCAGAUAUUGCUUGACACGUACACGAACCUCUUCAAGCUCGCGACUUUGUACCUUCGGGUCUACUUCCUGGACCACAUUCUCAAAACGGACGUCGACGAGUCGUCACUCUGGCUCAUUCAUGAUCGUUAUGAGUCCCUCUACCUGUACAUGGCGGCCCUGAUCGUGCCGUUUGGGAUCUCCCACUUGCUCCACUACCUGAAGCUUGGUUGGGGCGUGCCCGGUACGACCACCACUUGGAUCCAGUCGGCCCUCUUGCGGCGCUACUUGAACUACAGCACGGCCUCGCAGAAUCUCACGAAGCCUGCGCAAGUCACUGUGGCAUUGAAUCAGGACGCUUUCUUGCUGGCCGAGGAUGGCUACUGCAACAUCCUCGCUCUGAUGGAGAAGCUUGGCAAUGUGGCAGUCAUGAUCUUCUUUCAGUUCACGGCGCCCGCCGUCUUCGGGAAGCCCUUCCGGCCAAUGUCCAUCGCUGUGGUGAUGGUGUUGCCCUUGGUGCUUUUCCUUUUCCUGUACUUCCGAAGCGGCGCUAUUCGCAAGGCUCUGAAAGAGGAGUCCAAAGCCCAGGCGGAGAGCGUCAGCGAAGUCGAGCAUGCGGUGAUGAAUUUCCGCCUCAUCUCGGACUACAGCAAGCGGAGUGCCGUCGUGGAAGCGUUCGAGUCGAACGUCGUGACCUUCCGUGGCGCGGCGAGGGCCGUAGGGCAGCUCUUAUUCAACAACCAGUUCUUCUGCAAAUGGUUGAGUCAGUUGCUGAUCGUCUUCUGGAUUGGCUUCGGUGGUAUGCACGUGAUCUCCGGGGAGCUCUCUCUGGGUUUGUUCUUGUGCGACAUCCAAAUCUUUCAGACCAUGGAGGAAAUCACAGAGCAAGUCUACACCAUGAUCGUCAAGCUGGAGUCUCCUGGCUGGGAAGAACAGAACAGCAAAGCCAGGGCGAAGCAACCUCCACCACACCCCGCACGUAUGUGUUCAACUGUACAGCGAAAGCCUCCAACCUAG